AUGAGUAAUAUUCCUCUUUUGCAACUUUUAGUUCGUGAAAAGUCGAGGGAUAGUUUUUCCGCGGCCGAUUAUAGUACUAGCCUGCUAAAGAAAAAAUGGCAACAAUGCGAGUGUCCGGUAUCCAUAUACAUCAUAGCAACAGUCGACUUUAGAGUCGGUUCUGUCUCCUCUAAUACAAAAUAUGGCUUCCGGUGUAGUAUUGCAAUUUUAUUCAGCACGGCUAAUACUAGAAAUGGUUGUGCCGAAAGCAUAGAAGUAAUCAUUCCAAAAUUAAGUCGUGAAAAAUCAAUAUUGAAAGAAAAAAGUUUCGUGUUUUGCGCAUGCUCGAUAUGUUAUGAAUGUCUCACACAGAAACAGCGACAUCUCUAUUCGUCUGCCUGUCUCGCAAGAACGAAAAUAUCGUUGUCUUUCAUGUUGAACUUUCAAUUCAAUCGUAUAUCAGUAGAGUUGCACGCUGCACGAUGGAAACUGAAACUGAAACUUGAAAAAUGGUGUACCACAGCUGACUCUAAUAUUUACAACUCGAUUGGAGCGCCGCUAUUGGGAAUUGGGAAAACACACCGCGUCGCUGAAAGGAAUUAUCUUACCACGGGAAUUCCCAGAACACCUAUCUCCCUCAGUUUUAGGGAGGAUGUUGAAGUGAUCGUCACUUCUGAGAAAACUCAACAUCUGGUCUUCGGUUUCUCAACCGCCUAAGGUCUUCGAAGGCGCAUAGACAAAAGAAUGCGUUUAGGAAAGGCCAUAAGCGGUACACGUCCGAUGUUGGUUGAGGCAGUUGUCUUUAGUCUCAGGGUAACGUUGCUAGAGAGAGGAUCUGGAUCGGCUUACAUAGUACCACAUAUUUUGUAAUUUACUAUUCACAAAAUAUACACUUUCAAUA